UGAUUAUUUUGAAGUGGAUAAUUGUAAGCUAUUUUCUUUAUGAUUUAGUAUAAAUCCAUAUUUUUUUUUAUUAGAUGAUGUUGGCAUGCAAUUCAUUGAAAACACGUUUGGCACAGGUAGAAGACCACCAUUUCCCUUAUUGUUAGCCUUGAUCAAUUUUAUUUUAAAGCCAAAAUCUAGCUUUAAAAAAAUAGAGCAACUUAGAAAUCAUUGGCGACAUUGUAAAAGAGCGCAUGCGAUUCUCUUGGAUGUCUUGACUCUAUUUGGACCUGAAAUUUAUCAUCCCUUAUGGAACCAAUUCAAGUACUUUGAACUUAUUUCUACUAAAGCAGCACGCAGAGAAGAGGACGAUGAUUAUGAUCAAUUAGACACUCAAGAAUUAAAGAAAUACCGUGACUUUUGGAAUUUUGCAGACAGAUUAUUAAAUCGUGAAGAGAAAGACCUUGAUGCCAAGUGUCGCCGAUUAGUUUUGGAUUUCUUUGUAAAUGUGUUACAGACAGACCUUAAAUUAAGGUUGGAUAAUGAACACAAAGUAGAAGAGUCCAUCUUUGUAAAGACACUGGAUAAAGAUACCCUGUGUAGAGUCAGUAAAUUCAACAAAUACUUGUCUAUUCUAAUGAAUAACUUCCCUAACCAAGAUGAACAUUUGUUUCAUUUGACAGGUGAUAUUUUAAAUAUGUUUAUCACCAUUGCUUGUUUUGAUCGUAUUGCUAUAUUUGAGGACCUAGUAACUCAAGUAUAUAGUGUAUUUGCAGGCAUGGAUACGGCUGCUUGUCAACAAUUCUUUCAACUCGUCAAAUAUCCAUCCUUUAUUAUUGCACUUUGCGAUAAAGCGUUGGCUGAUGUUGAUGUUUCCAAAGUCAAAAAAACACACAGACACUUUAGAAAUACAAAGCAUGUGCCUCUACAUUUAGAGAAGCUGUUCUAUUAUGUGCUCAGGACACAGCCGCAUGACAAGAAAUCGUUAGAAAGUAUAUACCGCCAUGUAGCGAUUGUCAGUAAAUACUGCAUGUGUGUCUUUUCAACAGCUACCGUCAAUCAAAAAAGGGACAGUGCGGAAACCAACACGGCCUUCCCCGAGAAGCAAUUAGAGUUACUGGUUUCGCUUCAACAUGAAGCUUUAGAAGGAUGGGAAGUCAUGAUUGAGAACCUUGUAAAUAAUAAGCAGCUAGAGCAAAACUUGGAUCUACUAGAGAACAUCCGAUGGUCUGUUAAGUUGACUGUUCUUAGUAUGACUGAGUAUUUUUAAAAUAAAACAACGCUUUUCUAGACCUUGCGUUAAUUAUGCGGCCCGAGAGCCUCAAUAUUACGUAUCUUUUUCACUAUUUUAUGUUUCAUACAAUCAAAAAGUUUCCUUGUUUAUCUGAUAUGGUGAGACAGCCUUUUUUUUUUUUUUUUUUUUUUU